AUGUCUUCAUUCAAUCCCUUAAUCUCUAUUCUGAAUCAAAAUAAACUAGAAAGCCCGAACUAUGUGGACUGGAAAUGUAAUUUGGAUAUUAUUCUUACUACUGAGGACUUUAAAUUUGUGUUGGUUGAGGAAUAUCCUGUUAAGCCGAUUGAACCAACUGAUGAUGAGACUAAAGCCUACGAUAAGUGGGUUAAGGCUGAUGAGAUGGAAAGAUGCUACAUUCUUGCUUCCAUGGCAAAUGUAUUACAGCAUCAACAUCAAUCCAUGGCUACUGUUUACGAUAUACUUGAAUCUCUUAAUGAGAUGUUCAGUGAGCAAAAUCGUGCUGCAAAGCAAACGGUCAUGAAACCCAUGUUGACCAUGAAAAUGGUUGAAAGAACUUUGGUGAUAGAACAUGUUCUUAAAAUAAUUAGUUUAUUGAACGAGCUAGAAAUUCUUGGUGUGGUUAUUGAUAAGGAAUCUCAAGUUGAGAUGCAACAAGCUCCUCCAGCGGCAUUGAUGGUUGAAAAACCUUCAUCUCCGAAUCCUAAGCCGAAAGGGGAAAAGAAAAAGAAGAAGAAGUCUCGUUAG